AUGUCGCAGGCAGGUCAGAGCUCAGCUGCAGAUGUGGCUGGAGGGUACCCGGUGAGCAACCUGACCCUGGUGGUCCUGCUUCUCAUCCCCUGCGUGGUGGUCCUGCUGCUGCUCAACUGCUUCUUCCUGGCCUACAAGCUGCUCCUCGGGAGAAGGAGGCGGCAGCACACAGGAGACAUCGAGGAGCUGCUGCUGCAGUCCACGCUGCGCAGAGCCAGGAUGGGCUCCAUGGUCUCCCCACAGCUGGAGGGUAGGCGGGCGUACAUGUCUCUGUCUGAACCCGUCCUCUCCCAACCCGUCACCUCUUCCAGAGCUUCAUCCAGGGCCGAGCUGGACCACAGAGUUCGGCUCCUGAGGCCGGAUGGAGCGACGGGCUCCGACUCUUUGAAGUUGCCCAGCAGCAUCCGGGCCGCCUCACCCGUGAUCGGACUCCACAUUGGGUCACGAUCCUGCAGCACCAACAAGACGGACUGGUGCAGAAGCGCACCGGUCCUAACGCAGUCCAGCGACUCCGAGGCUGAAACCGGAGUCAACCUGGUUCCGCCCAACUCUCCCAUGCAGGAGUUCACAGGUCUCCGACGCAGCUGUGCGUACGAUAUUCUAACAGAUGUGGAUCCAGCAGCUGCAGUUCACCUACUGGACCAGGUAGAUUUGGAGUACUCGGAGAUGCCAUCAGAGAUGUCCUGUGUGGACACUCCUCCUGCGGGCUCUGGACUGGACAGCGACUUUGGAGCGAGUGCAGGUGUGUCUCUGCGGAUACUGUCGGCAGACAGUGACGGUUUGUCCAACGGUGUGCUGUCGUCAGUGCUGGAGUGGGAUUAUUACGACCCCUGCUACGUCAAACAAAACAAUCUACCCAAGCACAAACACCACAGACUAGCGAUGCACACCAAACAGUACUGGGUGUAGGAGAAAAAAAAAAAUCUAGCUUUUAAGUGUUUUAUUUAUUUUAUUUAAUAUUAUUUUAAUAUUGUAGUUGUUAAUGUAUAUUUUCCAUGUCACUUGUGCCACUUGUUUUCACUUCAUCUGUCGCAUCACUGAUUUGUCACGUUCUGUUCAAUCCUCACUUCAGCGAUCACGGCAC